AGACAUUUUCAGUCGAGCUGGAUUCGGCCGCGCAUGGCCGUAGCUCGGAGGGCACAUGGUUGCCAUCGGUCCUGGCAUGAAGGGCAAAGGCUGCAAAGGUCGCAGUGCUGCACCAACCUACGAACUCGGUGCGAGCUUGGAUCAGACGAAGCAUAACACGGAGGAAUCCGCCGAAGGUUGCAAAAAGACACGUUUCUUGGAGUGUCCGAUGCUAGAGAAGACAGUUCAACAGUGCGACCGUGUUCGCAAAAUCAUGGAAGAGGUGAUGGUCCACUAUGGCGCCACUUUCUCCGUGCUCACAUGGAGGGCCAACGGUGAGUUGCACCUCAAAGCUAGCCACUUGUCGGAGGUCGUCACUGUUCCACAGUCGCCCGGACAUACUUGCUACCAGUUGUUCAACCACAUCAUCGAUCGUGACUUGCCGAUUAUCGUCUAUGAUGUCAGAGGGCACGAAACAUAUGGCAGGAUUUCGCUGCCAGAUUUCGCCAGAAACAUACGCUUCUAUGUUGGCUGUCCCCUCAUUACUCAUGCAUCAACGUACAUUGGUACGCUGUGUGUUGUGGAUUGCUCCCGUCCGCGUGCCGAGUUCUCUUUGCGAGAUGUGCGGAUCCUUCAGGAAAAGGCAAGAGAGCUCGUGACAGCCGCGGAAGAGCACAAUUCAUCUGCACCGUCAUCGGGCGAUCCUGGCGUUGGCCUGAUCAGCAAGAUGUCUGGCGCUGACAUGUCGUCUCUUCCAACAGAUGCGAUCGUACAAAGCAGUGGCUCUUCAUCCGAUGACAAGUUCGUGUCAUAGCGUCCGUGUGCACUCGAUCGCCAGCGUGUGCGAUUACUAAUUUGUUGUCCUAUGUUUUCCUGUGCGAAUCAUCGACGUAGCUGGCGACCAGUCCCAGGCAAGCGGAUAGACGAGUCUCAUGCAAGUGGAUAGCACAUAGUUAGUAUCUCCAUGGCACUGUUGGUCUUCUCGCCCAUUCCAGCGGAGGGCGCGACUGCACAAUUUCUUUCGCGACAUUUUUACAGCUCAUACUUCGCGCGGCAAGGCCAUGAUUUUGUCUGCUGCAAAUCGUUAAGGUCCAGCAACGACUGGUUUGUUCAGAAUGAUCCUAGUCCUGGUGCCAGCGCAUGGCUUGCUUCCAAGAGGGUCCUAGUCCCUAAUGCUUGGCUUCGACCGAUACAUGAUGUGGGAUACUUAAUGCAGUCGAUCGCUCUCUUCAGGAGGCUGGAUUUCAUUGUUUAAACGUUCGAUCGCAGCCAAGCCGUUUUUUUGCGCAGACGUUUACCAUUGCGCUUUCUUAUCAAACGACUCAGAUCUCGUGGUGGACACCCACGUCCACAUUGUUUGAACUGGGUGUUUGAGCAAGGUUUGCUCAUAACAUCCGCUGGGGGGAAGCAGCAGCCAAUAUGUUUGUGAUCAUUGCCCGGUCAACCUGUUCGUGAUCACUGCUCGAACGUACGGCCCCACACAAUUUUGGGAGACUUGCGGGAGUCGAGGGCGAAUGGCGCCUGCAUGCCAGCCAUAUCGGUCGGUGCCCGGAGAGCACGUGCUUGUGAGGACAGCGCCAAGCUUCCCGGCUCAGCCAAUGCAGCAGACUGCAGGUUUUGAGCGGAUCCCAUCGCAGCGGGGCCAUUCAUCUGGGGAGUGGCGGAAGCAUAGGGGGCAUACAGGCCUCCCGCCGCGCGCCCCGUCCAGUACAGCCGUGGAUCCUGGCCGCGCCGCUCAUCCUUCCCGGAUCCUCGCCACAUCUAGCACCUUCGUUUCACGCGGAGUCUGCCGGCUCGCACGCGCGUCUCGCUGAUUGAUUCCGCCCAGAGUGGUGCAGCGCGAGCACGCGGGUGGAAGUUGGCUGUCAGAGGCUGGAGAGGAUACUAAAGGCAUUCGUCUGUUCUCCUCGUUUCGUAUUGCUCACGCACCGUUCGUCUGGUGCAAGUCGCUACCUGACUGGACCUCUUUUCAACGCCAGAGUCGCUGUGCACUCGUCGGAUCUUUCCCAGAGGCUCCAAGACAGACACACACACAGUUCAGGCUCUGGGGCCUCUCGGAUGCCGUUGCCUGUGCCGCUGGCCGCUGGCCAGCCGCCGUCGUCGCUUUCGUUCGGUGCCAUCUCCCCCUCAUCUGGCGGGGGCUG